CAUUCAGUCCCGCUCCGGCCGCUACGCCGAGCACACUGUGGCUCCCGGCCCGCCACCCUCUCUCUCUACUUUUAUCAUUGUUGCACCUCACUCUUAUCAGUUCUUGUGUUUACUGCAUAAACGAAAGCGUAAUCUCCGCCGCUAAACCCAAACGUUAUCACGUAGUGAAUCACUGCGGCUGUUAUCAGGAUGUGACGCGCGAGCUUUAGCCGGAAUUAAAGUGAGGCAUUUGUGUUCAUUGUGGCUGAAAGUGUCCAAUACCCACCAUAGUGGUGACGGGCACAGCUGACCCUCGUGUGGUGUAGCAGGGGCAGGCAGCUCCCCCCCCCCCCCGACACAAUGGGGCACAGAAGGAAAGGAGAGGCACUCCAAUAUGAUGCUCAAUUCACUGGGCCCAUCAAGAAGAGAUCGUGCACAGACAUACUGUGUUUGCUGCUAUUUGUGGCAUUCCUGGCAGGAUGGGGGGUUGUAACUGCAUUUGCCGCACUCAAUGGCGAUCCAUCACGUCUGUUGUACCCAACUGACAGCAUGGGUCGAGUGUGUGGUAGAGGUGAACUUCAGAACAAAACAUUCCUACUCUUUUUUGAUCUGACAAGAUGUGCCACACCCAAAGUCAUUGCUACUGGAUGUCCCACACCACAGGUGUGUGUAAAAGAAUGCCCCAAAACAAAUUGGUUUUAUAAUCCUGUAACAAGUGAUUCUGAGAUGAAGCCAUACCUUAUAUGUCAAGAAGGAGUUGAUCCGAAGGUCACAUCAUUAUCUGUGGAUGAACUCAUUAAGAGUAGUAAAUGUGCCUACUACUAUGUAGAAAGUGAACCAAUUGGUCGCCGCUGCAUCCCUCACAAUGUUGCAGAUCAUGCAGAAAAUAUCAUCUCUGCUAUUAAAGCUGCAUCGAGCCUGAACAAAUAUGACAAAUUUGAAAUUCUUGAAGCUCUUGUAAACGCUAUGAAAUAUGUGAUGCGAUUUGCUAAUUUCCAACAGGUGGCUGAAGGCGUUUUUCAAGAUAUUAAGACAUCAUGGUGGAUUCUGCUUUCUGGUUUUGGCGUUGCCAUGCUCGUGUCAUUUCUUUGGAUUGUCCUCCUGCGGUUCAUCUCGGCUAUCAUGAUUUGGUUUUCAUUAAUAGCCUUUAUAGGGCUUUCAGGAUUUGGAUCAUACUACACCUUGAACAAGUAUCUUACUCUGCGCAAAAAUGUUGACAACUCAACCAUGUCUGUAGCAGAAUUUGGAUUUACCAAGGAAAUAAGCAGAGUUGCAGAAUUGGAAACAACAUGGCUGAUAUUGUUUAUAAUUACAGUGACCAUCUUAGUGGUCUGUUUGUUAGUACUCAUCUUCUUGCGAAAGAGAAUCAACAUAGCUAUUGCCCUUAUUGGCCAAGCCAGCAAAGCUGUGGGUAGCAUUAUGUCAACACUGUUCUUCCCAAUUGUGCCAUAUGUUCUACAGUUGAUAUUUCUGGCACUUUUCUGUGUAGUUGCUGUUCUCCUGGCAUCAGCAGGAAAAACUGAAUAUCGAAUCAUGUGUUCUGGGGAUCAAUGUGGAUGUCCAAACAUAAAGGAAAAUGAUACCUGCACAUAUGAAGAGUUUAAUCAAACCCAAUGUCCUGGGGCAUCAUGCCAGUUCUUUGAUUAUAUUGUUGAUCCAAACAUUCCACGGCUCCACAUCUACAAUGUGUUUGCACUGUUCUGGUCCAUGUUCUUUGUUUCUGCAUUUGGAGAGAUGGUGUUAGCAGGAGCCUUUGCUUCAUGGUAUUGGGCCCUCGACAAGUCCAAAGAUGUUCCAACACUGGCGGUUACAUACAGUUUUGGCAGAACUAUCAGGUACCAUAUAGGCACAUUGGCAUUUGGGUCCCUUAUCAUUGCCAUUGUGCGAAUGAUUCGAGUGAUACUGGAAUACAUUGAUCAUAAGAUUAGAGAAAAAACAGAUAGCAAGAUUAUACGUUGUAUCAUGUGCUGCUGCCGCUGCUGUCUCUGGUGCUUGGAAAAGUUCCUGAAAUUUAUUAAUAGGAAUGCAUAUGUAUAUUGUGCCAUAUAUGGGAAGAACUUCUGCGUAUCGGCCAAAAAUGCCUUCUCUCUUAUAAUGAGAAACAUUGCCCGAGUGGUGGUACUGGAUAAGGUGACAGACUUCCUGCUCUUCAUCGGAAAGAUGGUGGUGGUUGGAAUAAUUGGUGUUGCUUCUUUCUUCAUAUUUAGUGGCGAAGUCAAGUUUGCACAAGAAUAUCUACCACAAAUGAAUUAUUACCUUACACCAGUUAUCAUCAUAACCAUUGGUACAUUUUUUAUAGCUAGUGCAUUCUUCUCUGUUUAUGCCAUGGCUGUGGACACAUUGUUCUUGUGUUUCCUUGAGGACUGUGAAAGAAAUGAUGGAUCUAUGGAGAAACCUUACUUCAUGAGUAAAGACCUCAUGAAAAUCUUGGAUAAGAAAAACAAAUUCAAGGAAGAAUAAUUGUUUAAACAAGUUCUAUAUUUUUAAUUUAUACAGCAACACCUUAGUGUGUUGAUGUCAAGGUUUUCACCAUAGAACAUACAAUGACUUUCAUUUGUUUUAUAAAGACAUAGAUUUACAAGAUUUUGAUUAAUGUACUGUAAUGGAGUGCUAUCAUAAACUGAUUGCUAUGCUAUAUAUGCACAUUAAAUAUAUGUACAUUGUAUUUUAUACAUAAAUCUGAUUUUUUUUUAACAAACAGCUGACAGCCACUUUCUUUUUUUGGUUCGAGCCCUUUGUGGCUUCAGUACCUAAAUCCAAGUUGGCUCCCAACUACCAGGUCACAUCUGUCAUAGAGUUCUGACCAGAGCCAGAACUCGACCCUCUCACACAAGUGUAGAGAACAGCUGACACACUGCCAUCCCACUGGAAGAGCAUUCAGAAAGUCAGCAGCAAAUCAGUACAGUGCACUGCUGGAUUUAAAAAAAAAAAAAAAAAAAAAAAAAAGAGAUUAAAUCCUCAAAACUGCUAAACUCACUCCUCAACAAUGUAAACAAAUGAUUUAAUCUUGAAACAGUGCGAGCUCAUUAGCCCUCACCAAUUGUGGGGGGGGGGGGAGCCCCCAAUUCCCCUCCAACCUUCCACACCAAUUCUCACACUGAUGUGGAUGUUUGUGGAGGUCCAUUGUAGGGCUUCCUGGUCAUCUGUACGUCAUGCAGAUCCAACUGCUUCUAAGCUGAGUGCUGGCCGUCCUCAGACAAUGUCCUGUGAGAGCUGUUUGCUUGGUAUUCAGCUUCAUUGUUGUGUUUUUAUCCAGUUUAUGCUGUGUGGAUCUGGCUCAUUGACCACUUAAGAGCUACAUGUGCUCAUGCUUACCUUCUCCGAGUGUUCCCCUGGUGCUGCACUGACAGAGUUCUCUUCUCUGGCGUAUUUGGGAGUUUGCUUUUUUAAGAGGUCAGACCACUUUAAGGUGGCCUCGCCUAAGACAAAUAGAGGUACUUUUGUGUCCUUCUGUCUAGGCCUUUGGUUGGAACAAGUAUUUGGCUGGUUGGGGCUCACUGGUGUUACGCACACUUGUUCACACUGUACCUUAAGAUUUAUCUUCACAGUUGUAUUGACCUGGCAGUGUCAGUCUACUUUGUGUCCUGCAGCAUCCCCAGUGCCUCGAUGUCCUGCUUGGUUAGUCCUUCAAGCCCUGAUUAUCCCUCCAAUCCUUCGAGUUGACGUGCUUCCAGGGUGGGGGGGGGGGGGGUUCCUUUGGUUGUUGCCGUGUAGUUAGGCCAGGAGGAGCAUCAUGUGCUGUGCCCAGUGGCAGUUCUCCUCUACUACCUUCAUGCCGCUGAUUCUGCAUCGGUAGAUAUUUUGUGGGUUAGACCAAGUGUUUUGUCUUUGUCUUGACUAUGAGAUCAUGACUGCCUGCGACUUCUCUUCCUUCCUGGUUGUGUCCCUCUUUCUUCUCCAUGGGUAGUUAACUUCAGGAUGCCACAAAGAUCCUACAUUUCUCCAGAAAACCAGUGUUGAAUGUAAUGAAACGCCUCUUUCUGGGUAAGUCCCGGUGGAUUUCUAAUUCCCUCUCUCCCAGGUUGUCAGUUGGUGGAUGUCAUCUGCACAUCUGCUUCAGAACUGGUGUGGAAGGCUGGAAAUGAUUGAAAGCUGCAGGGCUCCCCAGAUGGUGGUGGUGGGGGGGGGGGGGGGAGGAGGGGAGUGCUAACAAGCUCAUGCUUGUUUCAAGAGAUUUGAUCAUUUUACAUUGGAGUUUGGCAGUUUUGAGGUUUCGGUCUCAUUGAAUCCAGUACUAGUAGUGGUCAAGAUUGGUGCACUGAAUUUCCAUAUGUUUUCCUGGUGGGGUGGCAGAGAGUCACCUUCUCUCUGCACCUUUGUGAGGGGCCAGGUUCUAGCUCUAGUCCCCAGUAGGCUAAACAAAACAACAUGGCUGAUGUGACAUAGUAGUUGGGAGCCACUGGGGCUCACCCCCCCCCCCCCCAAAAUGCAUUACAUUUAAUAUUGAUUUUAUGAUGUAGAUUUUUCAAAGUAGAAACAUUUCUGUCCUUUACAAUCAAAAUGAUAAAUAUAUAUUUAAGAUAAUGUUCUUCACAUUUACUGAUGUGAUAUUUUGUAAAGAUUCACUUUAACAUUAGCAGUUGCAAAUAGUAGCAUGUUUUAUUAAUGUGCCUUUUCCAUCUAUAUUUUGUAAUAAGUAGUGAUUUUCUAUAACUGAGGAAAUGUUUGAUGCUUCUUUAAGAGUUGCUGUUUAUUGGUAAAGUUGUCAACUAAUAGUUCCAUUUCAUAUUUAAAUGUUGACACUCCUAUAUGAGUACAUGUUUAUAUGAGUACAUGUUUAUAAAGGUGUGUAUAAUUGUAAUUUCACCUGAUAACACAAAUAUUCCCUAUGAGACUUUAUAUGAAAUCAUUUGGAAUAAACAAAAAUAAAGAUA